UUACGCUCAGUUUGUAAUAAGCGGUAGUAGUUGACAAUAAAAUGGAUCAUACAACACGAACCCCCAAAGAACCUCAUCCUCGACAAAAAGCAAAUAUAUUUUCUCUUCUCACAUUCAUUUACAUGAUACCUCUGUUUAGAAAAGGUUCGAAGCAAAGUCUAGAGGAGGACGAUUUAUACGAAGUACUGCCGAACUGUGAAUCGAAAAAAUUAGGUGACCAGUUAGAAAACGAAUGGAAGAAAAACAACGGGAAAGUGUCAAUCGGACGAUUAGUAUAUUCUUGUUUCCGAUGGGAUAUUUUUUGGCUUGGGAUGGUCACGCUGGCUGCUUCAAUUGUGGACAUACUUGUACAACCCUAUGCUUUAGCCAAAGUUAUCUCCUACUUCAAUCCAGACGAAAAAAAUAUGACCAAGUUAGAUCUUUACUUACACACCGGUCUUCUACUAGCAGUCAAUGUACUGAUGUGUGUUUACACUCACAACUGCAAUUUAGCAAUUACGGUAUUAUGGUUCAAAAUUCAAGCUGCUUUCUCUUCGUUGAUCUACAGAAAAGCACUAAGGUUAAAUUCGGCUCACUUAAAGCAAGUUUCUGCUGGUAAAAUCACGACCCUUCUUACCAAAGACGUCUACUGCAUGGGAUAUUUUUCUUUUCUAAUCAAUAGUUUAUGGGUUGCAAUUGUGAAAAUCAUUGUCGCUUUUUACGUUAUCUACAGAAAAGUUAGUAUGGCAGCGGUGGCAGGGAUGGGAGUUUACAUGAUCGUGUUACCUUUACAAGUGUGUUUGGGGACUUGGGCUACCAAACUGCGUACCAGAAUGUGUACAAAAAUAGACGAGAGACUUGAAACGACUCAAGAGGCACUUUCAGCCAUCAAAACCAUCAAGAUGUACUCUUGGGAAAAAUUUUUCGUUGACAGAAUCACAAAAGCAAGAAAGCAGGAAAUUAAAACUAUGUAUGGAUUGUACUACCUCAAUGUGACUAUCUUGCAAAUUGGAACUUUAAGCUCCAACGUAGCUUUUUAUCUUCUCAUUAUGACAUACCAGUGGCUUGGAAACCAAGUGACCGCUGAAGUUCUUUACUACGUAGACAAUUGCUUUCAAAUUUUGUCGUGGGCUUUGGGAGGUCAAUUUCCAGAGUGCAUCAUGUAUAUAGCAGAAGUAGUCGCUUCGUCAAAAAGAAUAAUGGAUUUUCUAAACUUACCAGAAGCAGAAACACCUUCCCAAGAUAUAUGUUCAACUGAAGCUAAAGUCACAUGCAAAAAUGUAGACGUUGCUUUUGACAAAACGAUUCUCGAAAAUAUCAACCUUACCAUUAAUACAGGAAUCACUUUCAUCACAGGACCAAUAGCCAGUGGAAAAAGUACUCUUUUAAAGUUAAUACUUCAAGAACAUCAACCUUCCAGUGGUACUAUCCUAACACAAGGAAAAAUCUCGUACGCGUCGCAAGAUCCUUGGCUCUUCCCUUCAUCCAUCAAGCAAAACAUUCUGUUCCGAGAAGAGUACAACGAUCUUAGAUAUCAAAAGGUAUUAAAAGUGUGUGCUUUAGAGUACGACUUAAAUUUGUUACCAGAUAAAGAUGCAACGAUAGUUGAAGAUCGCGGUAUUAACUUGAGCAAAGGCCAACAAGCUAGAAUUAACCUGGCAAGAGCGGUUUACAAGAACGCCGAUAUUUAUCUUCUAGAUGAUUGUCUUUCAGCGUUAGAUAACCAAGUGGGUGAUUUUAUUUUCGAAGAAUGUAUCAGAAAGUUUCUCCAAAAUAAAGUGGUAAUACUUGUAAGUCAUAACUCACGGUAUUUGAAAAAGGUAGACCAGGUUUUAAUGGUAGAAAGUGGAAAAGUAAAACCAGUGAAGUUGUUGGAAAUUUUUGAAAAGUACAAAGAUGUCACUGAAGAUUUACAUUUGGAACACCAAAUUUUAAGGAAAAAUGUAAGAGAAAGGAAAGUUUACCAAGAAAUUAGUAAAAAGGGGGAAAUAAAAUCAGAAGUGUAUAAAAAGUACUUGCAUUUUUCUGGUGGAGUAGUCUCUCUUGUAGCUAUUCUUUUGUCCUAUGGUGUUGCUCAGUUUGUUGUUAGUUAUCCCGAUAAACUACUCAGCGAAUGGGUCAAUCUUGAGCAAAAGCUUUCUAAUUUGACGUCACACAACGACACACUAGAUGAUAUUGUUGCAGAAACAGUAAGAACUCGUGAUAACAAACUUCAAAUUUACACCAUAAUGACACUUUUGUCUACUUUUGUAACCGUAGUGUCGAUCAUUGUUUACUGUAAAAUAUUCAUAAAGGCUUCAUUAAAUCUUCACAAACACAUGAUAACCAACGUACUAAACGCCACCAUGCACUUCUUUGAUUCCACUUUUAUAGGUAAUAUUCUGAACAGGUUUUCACUCGACUUCAAUGUAAUUGACGAUUACUUACCCUUCAUGAUAAAUCAAGUGUUUCGGAUGAUUUUCGCACUAAUUGCAAUUAUGAUAUUAAUAGCCACAGUGAACACUUCUUUUUUACUACCAUCGGUUCUAUUUUUUGGACUGCUGUUUUUAUCAAGAAGAUACUAUUUAAAAACAUCGCGAAGUCUGAAAAGACUUGAUAUGUCGACUAGAAGUCCAGUCAUAGGUUACUUUCAUGCAUCUCUAGAUGGUUUAUUAACAAUCAGAGCUUUCAAAGCUCAAUCAAUCCUGAGAAAUGAAUUCGAUCGCCACCAAAAUGUGUACACUUCGGCCUGUUACAUCUUCCAGUGUUCCAUGAAGUCGUUUGCUUUCUACGUUAACAUUCUUUGCAUCGUUUUCGUUGCUAUAGUUAUUGCAAGAUUCGUAUUUUCUGAUGAAGAAUUCGCAGCCGGCAGUGUAGGACUCGCAAUAUCACAAGCGCUAAGAAUGGCUUCUAUUUUACAAUGGGGUGUUAGAAUGUGGGCCGAAAUGGAAAAUUUUAUGACUUCAGUUGAGCGAGCACUGGAAUAUGGUGAAGUCAAACAAGAACCCAAAAAAGGUCAAAUUCUGGAUAACUGGCCGAAAAAGGGCGAAAUUCAAUUUUCGAACGUUUCUUUAUCUUAUAACGAGUCAGACGAUUACGUUCUCAAAGAAGUUAACUUCACUGCACGUUCCAAAGAAAAAAUUGGAGUCAUUGGAAGAACAGGUGCUGGAAAGUCAUCAAUUAUUUCCACGUUGUUCCGACUAUAUGAAACCGAAGGAUCAAUUACCAUUGAUGGUAUCAAUACAAAAUCACUAGCUUUGAAUUACUUGAGGAGACACAUUUCGAUUAUUCCUCAAGAUCCUGUUCUCUUCCGGGGAACUAUUAGAGAUAAUAUCGAUCCGGAGCGGCUCUACACGGACAGUCAAAUCUGGAAAGCUAUCAAAGCAGCAAAUUUGACAAAUUGUGUUCCAAGUCUAGAAUACGAAGUUUCAAAAAAUGGCUCGAACUUUAGUGUUGGACAAAGACAACUAAUUUGUUUAGCACGAGCGGUUGUACGUGAUAACAAAAUUGUUAUUUUGGAUGAAGUCACAGCCAAUGUGGACGACGAAACUGACGCUUUGAUAAACGAAACUAUCAAGAGGCAGUUUGAACAUUGUACUAUAGUUGUGGUGACACAUAAACUGCAUUCUGUUAUUAAUUUAGAUAAAAUUGUUGUUAUGUCACAAGGAAAAAUUGUAGACUUUGAUAGCCCAUCAAAUUUACUGAAAAGGAAGAACGGCUACUUCUACAAUAUGGUAAAAAAUUCUGAACUAUUGUCAUCACUUACAUAGAAAAUGUUCUUUAAAAA